GAUUGACGAUCCAUUAAUCUGGGGCAGUCUUCCGUUAAGGGUUUUUUCAAGUCGCGAUAGACUUCGUUGGGCACUUGGCGCUCAAGAAAUAUGUUUCACCACACCUUUCCUUUCCGGAUUUUUUGCUCUUGGUCAGGUAGUACCAAUAGUGAGGGGUGCUGGCGUAUUUCAACCAGCAAUGAAUUUUGCUAUAGACAGGUUAAACGAAGGAAAAUGGGUUCACAUUUUCCCGGAAGGAAGGGUCAACUCAGAGACGGACCUGCUUAGGUUUAAAUGGGGAGUUGGUCGUUUGAUGAUGGAAUCGACAAAUUCACCGAUAGUUGUUCCGUUGUGUUUAAAAGGUUUGCCUUAUUCUUUGGUUCAAUUAAUCAUGGGAAUUGUGAUUUCUAUCUUAAAGUUGUUUUCUUCCCGUGAGUUAGGUCCCGAAGAAAUAAUGCCGGAAAGAAGGGUAAAUAAUUGUUGGAUACCUGUCCUUGGAAAGAAGGUCGUAAUUACUUACGGAAAGCCUAUUGACUUUAAGGGUACGCUGAAAAGUCACUAUGAGAAAGAGGCUGAAGAGAUUGUGACACGGAUCGCAAUCACCGACAGAAUUUUUCGUGCGAUAAGUGAGCUGCAAAAAAAAGAUCAAUUCAUUGGAGGAUGUAACAUUCGAGGAUAA